AUGGCUGUAGAAGCCAAUUCUGAUGGAGAGUACGACUACUUAGAAGCUGAGGAGAGGGAGCAAGCCGCGGAUGAUGAGGUUAUCUCGAUCCUGGAUGACAGCAGCAUCGAAGAGCAACAUGAUCGCUAUCAGGAGAAGGGGGAGGAGGAGGAGCGGCAGGAUGAGGAGGAGGAGGAGGGGGAGGAAGAAUACGACUACCAAGACGCCGUAAACCGGUCCAGGCAGGAAGAGAGAGACGACGACGACAACCUCUCGGACAUGUCCCAGGAAUCCAACUACGAGUACGAGGUGUCUGAUGGCGAAGCAGGGGUCUCGACGCAGGGCAAGGACUUAGCGGAAGCUGAUGCCGGCGCGUUCGUGGAGGAAUCGGACGGCAUGUUCGCCAGGGUCGAGACCCCGUCGACGCACCUCGUGCGCCUGUGGAUCGGCGUCAAGCCGUGGCGGCUGUACGAGGGCCUCGGGUCUAGGACCGUUGAGGCUCUCGGUCUGGAUCCGUUGAAAGGGGUCAUGGUGAUGCUGACAACGGACCAGUACUACACUCUCUCCAACAAGUGUCCUGGUGUCAGGUGGUUGAGGCAGGUGGCCCCCGAAAAGAUGCACACGGCGGCCAAGUGCAGCGACGGAAGCGUCGGAGACACGUUCUCGCUUCAGUGGAUGCUCCGCAAGAGGCUCGAGGAAGAGCUGAAGCAGAACUGGCCCCCCAGGUCCCGCUACGCCGACGAAGAGGAAGCCGAAGGUGAUCCUCACCGCGCCGGCGGCGGCGGUCCCGGGCAGGCGGGUGGGGGUGCGGGGGCGGGGGACCCUAACAUGGAGGCAACUCGCUUGGCGAUUGAGGCGAUUUGCGACUGCACCGCGGUGUCGGCGGAGCUCGCCGCCUAUGCCCUGCAGUUUUCCCAGUUCGACUCCCAACUGGCCCAUAACAACCUUCUCGACGAGGGCACGCGAGCAUCGUUGGAGAUGACCUUGGCUGAGGACCGCGCGGCCGCAGUCGUAGAGCUGAAGAGGACGUUCGAGCGCGUAGAAGAGGGGCCCUCCACCUGCAGCGCGACUACGUUUGCCGCGCGGAGGCGGGAGAGCUGCAAAGAUCUCCGCAUUCGUCUUCUACACCGCCGCGGCCGCCGCGAGGGGGCUCCGCAGAAUCGAUCUUCCGCCGCUGCUGGGAAGUCUAGGGCUCGGCGAUCGGGCACAUCCAUUAAGCUCCGCGCUCGUGGCAGCCGUCGCGGUGGGUCUUCCGUCGCGACGGCGUCGGAGGGGGGUGCCGCAGGGGCGGGGGGGGGUCGUAACAGUGGGGAGGAAAAGCGGGGGUGGGAGGGGGCGGCGGGGGACUCGGACUCGGGGUUCAUGCCCCUGGACCUGACGGGGGACGAGGAGAUUGACGACCGGAGAGCUCUGCUGGAGCACCUUUCGGACAAAAACCUCUUGUUGCGCGUGGCUCACGCCGUGAUUGACAAGCUCCGCAACGCCAACAACAGGUGCCUGGUCUGCAACGACAAGAUCGAGGGAUUCCUCCCCGCGGUGCCGAUCGUCUGCCAAAAGGAUCUCUGCGUGAUGAGCUCGGAGGAAAUGGGGUGCGGAACGGACGUGGAAUCGCAGGUGUUGAGGAAAGGGGAGACUGUGGACCUGCAGAUAGACCUUUUCUGGAUGGCCAUGAAGAACGAGAGUCGGUCGGAGCUCGCCUUUCCGGCAGCGGUGCAAUCGGGAGCCGCCCUUGCGUUCAAGAACCGCGACGGCACGCACGACGUCGAGAAGGUCCGCAAAGUGCUGGACGUCUUCCCCUCCGUAGCCGACAUGCAGAGGUGCAUCGAGUGGCAGGCGAAGGGGGGCAUUGCCGAGACCUCGGUGGCCAACAGCAGCAUCAGCAGCAGCAAUAGCGCUGUUGGGACUAACGCUGCUGCCAGUGGUGCUGGUUCUGCUGCCAGUGCUGGUGCGGCCGCGCUCAAUCCCCGCACUGCUCAGGCCAAGGCCACAGCCACCAGCCUUGCUCGCAAAGCUGCCACCGCCGCUGCUACUGUUUUCUCGCGCAAACGGGGUGGUGGUGGUGGUGGUGGUGGUGGUGGUGGUGGUGGUGGCGGUGUGGUCACGGCAGCCGGGGUGGCGGAGGAGAAGGAGGUGGUGGUGGAGGAGGAGGAGAAGGAGAAGGAGGAGUCAGCGUGGGAUAAGUCCGUCGCUCAGAUGUUGUCGUUGAGGGAGGCUUUGACGAAGAUGGACACGCUGUCGUACCCGCUGCUGCGGUGGCUGCUGUCGGCGAAUCGUGCCCACUUGCGACCAUUGCGAGGAUCUGAGGUCAUCCCGGAGAUUCCCUGCGAGAAACAAUUCAUGCUUGUCACAGGCACAGCGGAGCGAGAGGCUAAGUUCCAGACGAUGAAGCGGAUUGCGGGGUCCCGGAGGAGCGGGGGAUCGGGGACAGGAUCGUUCUACGCCUUCCACGGAAGCAAGCCCGACAACUGGCACGGCAUCCUGCACAUGGGCCUCAGAAACAUGUCCGGCACCAAGUAUCAGUCGUACGGAGCGGCCUAUGGCAAGGGCAUCUACAUGGCCGAGGCGCUCGGUGUCUCGCUCAAGUACGCCGGAAUGGGCUCGAACGGAGAGGGCAGUGGCAAUCACUGGCCGCUGAGCUCCAUAGAUGGAUCGGCCGUCAUCGUGGCCGUGUGCGAAGUCAUCGACAAAGAGGAGUGCCGACAGGCUCACGGUCCGAAGUACUACGUCGUACCCGACGAGGAAUGCGUUGCCACCAGGUACCUCUUGAUCAACCCCAAGCUUUCCGAUGGCGUCGAAACCAAAAUCACCGCCGCCGAUCUCACCAUCCCGAGACACAGAUGA